UCUAGUCACGGCCAACAAAGCAAUCGCCGCCAUUUCACUCUGCUAGUCGUCAAGAAGAAGAGCAUAUCCACAGCGAUCCACAGCGAGCCACAGCCACCUUCUCCGCUUCUUCAAACAAAACACACAAACCCUCCCUCACUAUACUCUCUACUACUCUAUCUUCUACUCUCAGUUAGGGUUUCACUUCCAUGGCCACCACUGUCUUCCGCUCCCCUAUUGUCUCCCCCUGCACCUCCAUUUCCACUUCCCAACCCCACCACCGCAUCUUCCUCCAUUUCCCUCAACGCUUCCGAUUCAGCUUCACCUCACACACACCACAACAUUCUCCCACCUUCGCUAUUUCUUGCUCCGCCCAAUCCGAAUUCCCCGCUCCUCGCCGCCGCCCUCCGUACAUUCCGAACCACAUCCCGGACCCAAACUAUGUUCGGAUUUUCGACACCACCCUCCGCGACGGCGAGCAGUCCCCCGGUGCCUCCAUGACCUCCAAGGAGAAGCUCGACAUUGCGCGCCAGCUCGCGAGGCUCGGCGUAGACAUCAUCGAGGCUGGCUUCCCCGCCGCCUCCAACGAGGACUUCGAGGCCGUCAAGAUGAUCGCCAAGGAGGUCGGUAACGCCGUCGACGCCGACGGCUACGUUCCUGUCAUCUGCGGCCUCUCCAGGUGCAACGAGAAGGACAUCCGGACUGCCUGGGAGGCCGUGAAGUACGCCAAGAGGCCCAGGAUCCACACGUUCAUCGCCACCAGCGCCAUUCACAUGGAGUUCAAGCUCAGAAAAACCAAAGAGCAAGUCGUUGAGAUUGCUCGCAAUAUGGUCAAGUUCGCUCGCAGCUUAGGAUGCGAAGACGUCGAGUUCAGUCCCGAAGAUGCUGGAAGGUCGGAUAGGGAGUUUCUUUAUGAAAUUUUAGGUGAAGUUAUCAAGGCCGGGGCAACAACCCUAAACAUACCUGAUACUGUGGGCAUAAAUAUGCCGAGCGAAUUUGGAAAGUUGAUUGCUGAUAUAAAAGCUAAUACUCCUGGAAUUGAAAACGUUAUUAUUUCGACCCACUGCCAAAAUGAUCUUGGACUCUCUACUGCAAACACCAUUCAGGGUGCACAUGCUGGUGCAAGGCAAUUGGAAGUAACUAUUAACGGGAUCGGUGAAAGGGCUGGUAAUGCCUCACUUGAAGAGGUUGUGAUGGCCCUGAAAUGUGGGGAACAUGUCUUUGGUGGUCUUUAUACUGGGAUCAAUGCAAAACACAUCUAUAUGACAAGCAGGAUGGUUGAAGAGUACACUGGUUUGCAGUUACAACCACACAAAGCUCUUGUGGGAGCUAAUGCCUUUGCUCAUGAAAGUGGCAUACACCAGGAUGGAAUGUUAAAACAUAAAGGAACAUAUGAAAUAAUAUCUCCUGAGGAUAUUGGGUUUGAAAGGGCCAAUGAAGCUGGUAUUGUACUUGGCAAGCUUAGUGGACGCCAUGCUUUGAGAAAGCGACUUGAAGAGCUUGGUUAUGAGCUUAAAGACGACCAAGUUGAGAGUUUAUUUUGGCGAUUCAAAGCAGUGGCCGAGCAAAAGAAGAGAGUUACUGAUGCUGACCUCCGAGCAUUGGUAUCAGAUGAAGUUUUUCAGGCAGAGCCUAUCUGGAAGCUUGGUGAUUUGCAGGUGACUUGUGGCACUCUUGGUCUUUCAACAGCAACUGUGAAACUUAUUGGUCUUGAUGGUACAACACAUGUUGCUUGUUCUGUGGGUACAGGACCUGUUGAUUCAGCUUACAAGGCUGUUGAUCUGAUUGUGAAGGAACCAGUAACACUUCUUGAGUACUCAAUGAAUGCAGUCACAGAAGGCAUUGAUGCAAUUGCCACUACUAGAGUUGUAAUUAUAGGGGACAAGAGUCGUACAUCUACUCAUGCUUUAACUGGGGAAACUGUCCAUCGAACAUUUAGUGGUAGUGGAGCUGGAAUGGAUGUUGUUGUGUCCAGUGUGAAAGCCUAUAUUGCGGCAGUAAACAAGAUGCUGGGUUUCAAGGAUACAGCUGCACCUGCAUCUGCAUCUGCGUCUGCUGAAAAGGGCUUAGUCGUUAACUUGCAAUUUCGGUGUCAUGUUACUGGAUCAUUGUAACAUAUGAUAAGAACAAAAAAUAACUUAGAAGCAGAUCAGCUGAUAUUAUGAAGGACAAUUGCCAAGUCUAGCCGAAAUACAUGGUAAGUGAUGAUUUAAGCCAGCGUGAAUAGCAUAACUUCACCGCUAACUAAAAAUUUUCUCCUGCGUCAUUCUUUAUUUUCAAUUUUGAUGCCCGAGUUGACUGGGUGAGUCACAUUUUUAAGGGCCAAGUCAAGGUAAUACAGGUAGUAACUGAUCUUUUGUCGUAGUGGUGGUAGUAGUAAAUUUAUUCAAUGCCAACGGCCAUUCUUUAUCAACAUAUCCCAUGUCUUGUGAGAAGAAUAUCAGUACCUACUACCUAGUACACAAUUAUACGAGCUAGUGUGGCUUCUACCAGCAUAAAAUCUGUAUUGAAAGGAAUUUAUUACGGUAGUUGUUUUUGAUUGGGCAUGCUACUCUUUUUUUACAUCUAGUAAUUUUCUAUAGUUGGCCAGCAAUUAGGAUGAUACCAGAUUACCAGAGAUGUUCAAAUUUUGUCAGGGAAACUUACCUUUGUCGUAUGACUGUAAACCCAAGAUGGGAUCACGUGUUCCCAAGAUUUGUUGGCUGGAUCUCUAAGUUAGUAGGUGGGGCUCUGUUUGCUGGUAUUGAAGGUAUCUCUCUUUUCUAGCAUUUCUUAAUGUGAAUAAAUAUGUUGAAUCA